AUGAUACAGUCAACGCGACAAUGGCUGCGGCGGAAUCGCACCAACUUUGCCAUUGGCGCUGGAGUGCUCGGUGCCGGGUACAUGGCGGGGCAGUACGUGCUGGGGAAGCUGUCGGAGGCGAGGCAGCGCAUGGGCGAGGACCGCAUCGCGAAGGAGAAUCUACGACGACGAUUCGAACAGAACCAGGAAGACUGCACAUUCACCGUCCUGGCCAUCCUGCCGACUGCGACGGAAAACAUCCUCGAGGCGAUACCCGUGGAACAAGUGCUCGAGGAGCUGCAGCGCCAGAAGGCAGAGCGGCUAUCGCGGAGCGUUGGGCCGAGUGAGAUUGGAACGUCAGCACCGCCGAGUGUAGCAGAUACGACCGAGGACGACGGCAAGAGCUCGAUACAGACGGAUGGCUACGUCCACGCGAGCCAGGUCGCAAUCGAAGGCGCGGGCGAGGGUGAGGGCGAGGGCAGCCCAGUGCCUGCCGAGGCAAACCCGGCGCCCAGCGAAGAAAAGAAGAAGAGCAAGGCGCAGCUGUGGAACGAGAUGAAGAUAGGCUCCAUCACCCGAGCCUUCACGCUCAUCUAUACCCUCUCGCUACUUACGCUCCUCACCCGCAUCCAGCUCAACCUCCUCGGCCGCCGCAACUACCUCGCCUCCGUUGUCUCUCUGGCAGCGCCGCAGUCCAUGACCGAGGGAUCGCGCAUCAACCUUGAGAACAACGACGACGACAACUUUGAGCAAGCCUAUGGCAACGACUUCGAGACGAACCGGAGAUAUCUGAGCUUGAGCUGGUGGCUGCUGCACAAGGGAUGCAUCCAUCUGAUUGACAAGGUGCGCGUCGCGGUCAAAGACGUCUUUGGCUCGCUCAACCCACGAGAGGAGAUCACCUUGGAAAGACUCUCAGAGCUCACUCUCGAGGUGCGAAAGCGCGUUGAGGGUGCUACAGAGGAGGAGAGGAGAACAUGCAAAUGGCUCUCCUUUCUGCUUCCGCCACAAGACCAAGAAGACUAUGUCCUCCGCGAAUCAGGCAUGACUUCGUCUUCUGAGUCUACCUCGCCCACCACCACCACCUCCCUACGCCGCUUGAUCGACGAAACAUCCGACCUCAUCGACUCACCGUCUUUCACACACGUCCUCACUCUCCUUCUCGAUGCCGGCUUCUCACAUCUCGUCGAUAACAAGAUCUCACAGUUGUCCUACAAGAUCCCUCCCGUUUCCGAAAGCACCGCUCGCGUCCAAGAAAUCGUCGGCGGCGACGUCAAAGCAAAGGUUGCCAACAGCCUGGCAGUCUUUUGCCGACAGGCACACAGCAUCGGAAGCGGAGCAAACAACGAGUACCUGGCUGCGAUUGAGCAGGUUAGAGAUUUAGAGGCAUUCGCAGCCGUAGUGUACUCGAGUAACUUUGAAUAUGAGAGUCCUGAGGGCGCUCCUGCUGUAGCACUGAGUAGGCCGGGCACAGCUGAGGGUGUGUCUCAGAAGCCUAGCCUAGCUAUUGCUGAGGACAGCUUUGAGAGUGCGUGGGAUAAGGCACUUGCUAAGGAGGAUGGCAAGGUGUUCUAG